CACAUUCAUAUUAAAAUGUGAUCUAGGCUUGGGCAGGAAAGUAACUUCCGUGUGCCUUACUUAGGUGAGUUCAAGGCUGCUUAACCUUGGAUUGCUUUGGUGUUAGAAGCUUGCGGUCACUUGGCUUUGGCAGGAGGGAGGCAGCCAGCAGUCUGGAGGCAAAUCAAUAUGCACAUGGGGACUAGGCCUACCAAGGCCAGUUUGAAGGCCUUUGCAGGAUUGGGGCCAGGACAGAAGGAAAGGAGUGUUGGGGCAGCUUCUGGAGUCUAGACUGACGGUUGGAGGGGCAUAUGGGGCACCCUUUGGUGCCUUAUUUGGGAAGCCCUUUUAGGCCUUUAAGUGAUCAGCAUCUCCAAGCCUGGUGGCCACCCUGGGCACAGUGGCAGGAGGAAGGUGAAGUUGCUAGGAACAGAUUGCACCCCCAAGAGGCAGAGGAUGAGUUGGUAACUCCCUGUGCAGUGUUUUCCAGGCGCCCCCCAGUACAAGGGUGAGGACAAGUCCCUUUGCUGGUCAUACGCAUUUUUUCCUUUCAGAGCCAGCCCCUCCCUCUCUACCCCUCCCUCACAGGGGAGGGCCUGGGCUUGAAGAGGGCUGGCAGCUCUGGGCCCCAAACCGGUUUUCCCACCUCACCUGAGGCUGGCACAUCACUUCUGUGUUUCCUUCCCAACCCUGGCUCACCAUCACUACUGAGUUUCUCUCCAACACUGGAAUGUUAACGAGGGAGUAUCCAGUUCAUCUUUUGUCCCUCGCCGGCCCUGGAUAUGGCCCCUUAUGGAAAAUCAAGGCCACUAUAUACGACUUUAAAACAAGAAAUGGGGGUGACUUCCAUUCUCAUCCUGCAUUUCUGGCAUUCAGGAAUACCCUCCAGGCCUUGAGAGCUUUGAAGUGACAACAAAAGUAGUUGGGAUUCCCCUUGCCAUCAUCUUCCCGCCCCAAAUCUGAGCCCUGGAGUUGGAGACCAGAGAGCCAAAGGGAAGGCCGACCUGCUCUGGAGUGAGCAGGAGGGAGCGAUGCCUGCUUCCUCAGGAGCUCCCAGUUAACCCAGCUCCCUCAGCGCAGGUACCAACAAGACGAAGUACUUCCAUUGUCUCCAGCCAAAAAGAACACCUCUUGCUGGAACUGAGACUGUCUCAUUAAUGAUAGUACUAGCUGAUACUAAUAGGGUCCCUGCUCUGUGCUAUAAUGCUUUAGAUGCCCACCAAGCCCCUGAGGUAGGUAAAGCCAUGGGAAACCAGGCAGAGAGGUCUGGUCAGGUGCCCAAGACCACAUGGUUAGUCAAGCUUUCUUCCCAUCCUGACUCUAGAAGUACCUCUUCACUAAGGAGGGAGCCAUAUUCCUAUUCUUAACCCUCCUAAGGGUAGUGCUGUUUUGAAAUGGAACUGGGUACUGAAAUGAAUUUUUUUUUUUGAGAUGGAGUCCCGCUCUGUCACCAAGACUUGAGUGCAAUGGUGUGAUCUCAGCUCACUGCAACUUCUGUGACUCCUGGGUUCAGGCAAUUCUCUUGCCUCAGCCUCCUAAGUAGUUGGGAUUACAGGCGACUGCCAGUAUGCCCAACUAAUUUUAUGUAUUUUUAGUAGAGAGGGGGUUUCACCAUGUUGGCCAGGCUGGUCUCAAACUCCUGACCUCAGGGCAUCCACCCGCCAUGGCCUCCCAAAGUGCUGGGAUUACAGGUGUGAGCCACCGCGCCCAGACUGAAUUUCUAAUCCAUGGAAGAAUAGCUCUUUGGAGGGAGAUGAGGGGUGUGGAAGUGUCUAUAGAAGCUCUUGCUGCUUCUAUACCUAAAAUCAACUCCAUUUCCCCAUUUCCCAUACAAACAGGUUUUCUCUAAAUAGUAACAUUUUUCCCAUUUGUGAAGUUCUUUCCCAUUACCCAGUUGGGACAAAUAAGUGAGAACCAUUGUCACUUCACAAAGAAGGAAAUAGAGUUAAGAAGUUAAAUGACCUGCCCAAAGUAUUGGCCUUGAACUCUGGUGUUCUCCAUGGGAGUCUGGGUUACCUAUUAAAUACUCCACCAGGACACUGCUGAGAAGGGUGAGUGGCAGUGGCCCCAUGAUCAUUGGAGAGGGACGAAGCAGGAAAUAGUUGUACCACACAAUCCAUUUGGGUGGCAUAUUAUCAACAAUGGACCUCCAGAUAAAGCUGACAAACAUUGGGGAGCUCCCUUUAUUUUGGACUAACAGCUAGAGACAGCCCAGAAGGGGAAUCCCCACCCUAGGGGGUGCCGAUGCAGGAAUUCUGGGGGUCUAGUGGGCUUUGGCUGGUCCCAGAGCGGGUCAGUGGCUGGUCAGCAGGUGGCGUGGGCACAGAAGUGAUGCUUUCUUGGGGAGAAAGAGAAGGCCAACCGCCUUUUCAAAGCUCGGGCCUGAAAGGAGGUAGCGGGGAGAGGAUAAAACUACAAAUCCCAUAAGUCUUUGCUCCCAGGCGAGUCGGGGACGGUUUCCAUGGUUUCAGAAAACAAUAUGGCCGCUCCCAGUUGGGACGUGAGUCUCUGGAUUAGGCAGGCAGAGGCAGUUAUGGGUUCCUACAGAGGCGAGAGAGAAAGCGCUUGAAGGGUCGUGAGGCUGUGGCUGGACGCGGCACCGCUGGACGGCCAGCCCUUGAGGACGCCAAUGGAGAGCAGCGUGGAUGAGGCGGCGCUGCACCAGCUGUACCUGUGGGUAGACAACAUCCCUCUGUCCCGGCCCAAGCGAAACCUCUCCAGGGACUUUAGUGAUGGAGUCCUAGUUGCGGAGGUCAUCAAGUUUUACUUCCCCAAGAUGGUGGAGAUGCACAAUUAUGUCCCUGCCAACUCUAUCCAGCAGAAGCUCAGCAACUGGGGUCAUCUGAACAGGAAGGUACUGAACAAGCUGAACUUUUCAGUACCGGAUGACGUGAUGCGCAAGAUCGCUCAGUGCGUCCCUGGAGUGGUGGAGCUGGUGCUCAUCCCGCUGAGGCAGCGCUUGGAGGAGCAGCAGAGGCACAGGAAGCUGGGCGUGGGCUCCUUACAGGAGAUGGCUCCCCAGGAUGGCAGUGGCUACAUGGAUGUGGGUUUAUCACAGAAAGCUCGAGGUGAAGGUGCCCUGGACCCCCAGGGAGGGGGUCAGCUCAGAGGGGACCCUCCGCCCGCGGGUCGGCCUCCAGCGUAUAACCAGGCGUUGCAGGGCGACCCAAGGUUCGUCCUCCAGAUCGCUGAAAAGGAGCAGGAGCUAUUGGCCUUGCAGGAGACCGUGCAGGUCCUGCAGAUGAAGGUGAAGCGCCUGGAGCACCUGCUCGAGCUCAAGAACGUGCGCAUCGCAGACCUCUCCCAGCGGCUCCAGCAGGCGGAGCGUAAGCAGCGAUGAGCUGUGGCCCGGGCCGCGCGGGGACGCCCCGGUACCCUCCAGAGCCCCGAUGCCGCGCCCGACCCACCCACCGACGGAGGGACGUUUGGGAGGGUGGAGCCCGCUGCUCGCACGAGCCUCUUGGAGCCCGAGUGCCCUCCUUCCUUGGGAUGGGUGAGCGUGGGAGAAUGUGGAACAGGGAGCCGUAGGAGCCCAAGGCCCGGGGCUGAGUCGCCUCCUCCCACUCCAUCCGGGUCAGGAAAAUGGACUGCCUUCCAGAGCCCAAAAGCCACGUGCAGAGACCUGGCCUUCCUCCCAAAGCAGUGUCCAACACCUCGGGCCGGCCUUGCAGCUUGUGGCGCUGGGCCUUAGGAGGCAGUCCCUGGCUCGGUCCACACUCCCAGAAUCAGGUCCCUGUUCAGCUCCGAGGACUGCGGUGUCUCCAUCCAGGAUAGUUCUCCUCUGCCAAGGGGGAAUCUGCCGCGGGCCGCUGAGGGGCUCCCCUGCUCUUCCUGGGAGCUUACCUGGACCCAGCUUGGCGACGGAGACCGCAGCAGCUGGAGAGGAAGGGGUGAGAAGUGGGAUCGCCAGGAGUAGGGAGGACAUCGACUUGCCUGUAGCAAUCGCCCCACCCUCCUCGCGCACAGGCUAUUGAAGGGAAGGUUUGAAGGAUACGGCUCAGGGCUGCCCCAUUAAAGUUACUGUUUUGUUCUA